AUGAAGGCAGGACAGCACUUCGACCCAAAUAAAACAUCCACAUUCAUGGCCGAAAAGACAUCAGUACGCACCUUACUCGCAAUGGCAGCAGCGAACCAAUGGCCCGUACAAUACAUGGAAAUCACCGCAGCAUACCUCUAUGAGUCUCACGACCCAAAAUUCCCCGUCUACGUCCGCCAGCACCCACGAUUUGACAGCUCAAUGAAACAUGCACACCGAGCGGGACAGCUUCUCGGCAACCUCUACGGAGGCCGUUCAGCAGGACAUCGCUACACAUCCGGACUCCAAAAACACCUAAGAUUGCACGGCUACCUCCAAUGCGACAGUGACCCCUGCCUGUUCACCAGCGUCAAAGCCAACAGCAGGCUGCUCGUCACCGUCAGCAUGGACGAUUUUUUAGUCACCGCGUCACACCAACACCUAAUCGACGACCUCCUGGCCACGUUGCAAAAGAAGUACACCAUCAAAAAUCUCGGUUUUCCAACCACGUAUCUCGGUUGGCAGAUCACACGAGAUGCACAAGGCAGCAUCCACGUAUCACAGCAACAGGCCAUCGACACUAUACUCCAGAAGCACAACAUGGCCGAAUGUAACCCCAAAACCACACCCGCACCGCAAAAACCAAACAAAGCCACACUGAACGAGACAGCACCAGUUUCUCCCACUCUGGCAAGUCACUCUCGCUCCAUCCUCGAAGAUCUGAGCCAACAACCGACUCAAGCAAACUGGCAUCAGCUAAAAUGGUUACUACGGUACCUCAAGGGCACCAAAGCCCAAACCAUUUCGUACCACGCCAGCUCGCCCGUCUGCCUCCAAACGUACAGCGACGCCGACUACGCAAACGCGAAAAGUCGCAAGUCACUCACAGGAAUUUUCCACACAAUGGGGCACUCACCGAUAGCAUGGACGUCCACUCCGCAAGACGUCGUGGCCCUGUCCACAUGUGAAGCUGAAUAUAUAGCAGCCUCACACGCAGCUCAACAAAAAAUUUGGCUCCGCCGGCUGCUCCAGGACAUGCAGCACCCCCAAAAACACCCAACCCCCAUCUUCAUAGACAACGAAUCAACGAUCCAGAUAGCCGAAAACUCGGCCCCCACACGUCGACGCAAACUCAUCGAUGUGAGGCACCACCACCUUCAGCACCACAUUCAGAGCGCGAACAUAGCAACAGAGCACAUCCCCACAGUGCACAACCCCGCCGACCUAUUCACCGAAGCGCUAGGCCCCAUUCGGUUCAAGGAGCUGUGCCAAAUCAUCCAACCAAACGGCACCCGCAGCCCCGAUCCAAGAGCACACCCCAGUUCCACCUCCGCGCGCACCCCUCAGCGUCCCCCGGGAUUGACGGACCGCAACUCUCUUCACCAGAUGCUGAAGGGUGCACCCGUCAUGGACCGCAAGGACAGACUGUCCGCACUACAGUCUGUCACACGUGGUACUUAG